AUGGCUGAUUUCUUUUUCUCAACUGCACUCUCCCCGCCCAGACACACCGAACGCUCCUCGUACGUUCCCCGUCACCCCCGGGGCCCAGCCCGGGUCACCUCCUGCUCCUCGGGCGCGCGGACCAGAAAGGGCGAGGCCGCCGCUCGCGCCGCCUUAUCCCCGCGCGCCCUCCGCGGGCCGCCUCACCGCCGGGGCCCGGCCGCCGCCCCCGCCGCGCCGCCCGCUUCCCUCCUCCGCCAAAAAAUCACCCACGGAGCCUCCGUCCGGCCCCGGGGCCGCUCCCCCCGCGGGGGCGCCGCCGGUUCGAUUCUGCUGCCGUUUACAGCGGGACUAUGUUACUUCCGGUGCGGAGGGACACGGGUGACGCGGAGGAAGCAACGCAAUCGGCGCGCGCCGCCUUCUCCGGAUGACGUGAUCGCAUCGCGACAGCGGGUGGUGCCGCCAUCGUCGGACGGCAGCAGAGCCGGAGGGAUGUUGCUGGAACUCCCGGCUCCUGGACUGGAUCAGAUGUCAGAUGGUGAGAAGCCGCUGUCUGCCGGACUUCAGAAAGCACUGAGCACCCUCCAGGAUUCCACAGAGAAAUGUCUGUUUCAAACUGUGGAGGACGAGACAGAUUCGGAUUCCACAGACUCGUUGGGUGACCAGCUCUAUGACCUGGUGGACGUUCACGGUACUGGACACAGUGAGAAAAUAACAGGGAUGCUGCUGGAGCUGGGCAGGAAUGAAGUAAAGAAACUGGUCAGUGAUCCACAGCUGUUGGAACAGAAGAUUCAUGUUGCCCAGGAAGCACUUGAGCAAGAAUUGCUGCGUGAGACGGGAGCGUCCGAUCUGGACUGUGACAAUGUGAAGGAGAGGCUCGGAGAGAAGAUUUUUGAACGGGUGGAAAAGAUUGAUCCAGAGAACUGCGCGUACAUCACAGGAAUGCUUUUGGAAUUGGAUCCUUCAGCCAUCCGUAUGUUGCUGACUGACAGCUCGGCACUGAAAGGUGCCGUCCAAAGGGCGCAGGCUGCACUUCCACAGGCAGCUGCACACAGAUCCUCAGACCCUGACCCAAAUAAUGAGGAGGGAAGUGAUCUGGACAGUGAGACUGAGAACUUAGGAGAGGAAUUAUACUGUUACAUUAACAGCACUAAAUACAGUCAGCACUCCAGCAAGAUAACAGGCAUGCUGCUUGAGAUGCCUCACGCCAGCUUGGUGGAACUGCUGAAAUCACCAGAACAACUGAAUGAGAAAAUCCAGGUUGCUGCUGCAGCUUUGAAAGACAGCUGACCCAAGUCAAGUCCUCGGUCCACAUUAGGUAGAGUCACAUCAGAGUUUAAUUUGGAUCUGUGAUAUGCCCACUUGUUUCGUGAAGAACCUUAAAUUACCUGCCAUUUUAUGUCACUAGUUCACACUGCAGGGGAUUUAUCAAUGGUUUGGAUUUACACAAUGCAAUUAAUCAAUACGUGGCUGUACUGUUGUUAAAUUGUGUUGUAGGUCAUAAUAUUUUGUGGAGAAUAAGGCUGGUAAUCAAAAACUACAAUAAUUUGCAGGUUGCUAGAUAAGGGACUUAAUCAUGGACCCUGAUGUCCAUUAUAAAAGGUGAACAUAACAAGUCUUUUGCUACAAUAGAUCUUGAGUUUCACAGUUUAACUUAUUUUCAAAACACAUUGCUGUGUGUUAGGAAUCACCUUUAAUCAAUUCCUCACUGUUCAGGCCAAGUGCCAAUCAGCUUUGCACUAAAUUCAAAAGGACCAAGGUGAUUGGGUUAGGCUUGUGUUUAACUUGCACACUGCCCUGUGAGCUCAUAACCCCAAGCUGAUGAGUGCAGGCUGUUCAGAACUUGGAUUGCCAGUUGUGAGAGUUUAAUAUUUUCAAACAUAAUUGGGUCCACUAGUCAGAUAAAUGUUGUUUAAAUGAGAACUGUUUAAUCAAAGCAAUUCCUGAAUUAGGAUCAAACUGUGAAUUACUGUCACUUUCUGGGCAGUUGUGCAAUAGUGAAUUAAACUUCAUCAAACUGUGCACAAUUAUUGAUAAUACUGAUUUUCUUGCAAAUGUUCAUGUUCCAAUCAUUUUUGCAACAUGAGCAGUGGAUUCUCACCAAAAUUAAAUAAAAACAAAUGGACCAUG